AUGAGCUCAGUUCAUUCCAAUGAAGAUAAAAGACCAGCCAUGCCUACAUUAAAAAAGAGUAUUUCCCGAAACUCAAUACUAUUAACAACAAAACCAAGUAAAGAUUCCAAGCUUAUUGUUGAAAAUGCAGUAUUCCCUGAGCAACAAGCACCUCCACUAACUAAUGGCAUAUCAGCUAGUGAAUCUACAAGAUCUAUCAAAAGAAAAUUUAAAAAAGCAAACAUAUCGAGUAGUUUUAUGAAUCCUACUGAUAUCUUUGCUCAAAAUUUGAGUGAUGCAGUCAUGGACGCAGAAGAUUCCGAUGACCUCGAAGUGUACGUUUAUCGAGAUAAGCCCAAAUACAAUCAUUGGAAUAACGAAUUUGAUCAUCAUUACUACUAUCCUUAUUACCAACAUAAUCAUCCCCAACAACCUUAUUAUUAUUAUUCAUCAACUGACACCGAUGGCUGUGAAUCCUCUUCAGCUGCAUACAAAGAAAAACUACCUUCGAGACGUCCAGUAUUACGUUCUACUGUCUCUGAGAUACCAACAUCUAUCAAGGAUACCAACAGUGCAAGAAAGAUUAGACCUCUGUACAAUACUUUUUAUUACAAUUCACAUAUCAACCAAAGUGGUGAUGAGGAAUAUACUUUGAGACAUGCCCGUAGACGGAAACCUAUGAAUAACCAUACAAAGAGGAAAAAGAAGUGGCUCUCUUACCUGUAUUUAUUCUUGGGUAUUUUGUUCACGAUUUGCUUCACUUGGCUUAUUAUCGUCAUGUGUGCAAGUCCGUUGAAUGAUGUCGAGGUAGUGGGAAUAUCCAAUGUAUUAGGCACUCAAAAAGAGUUAAUAUUUAAUUUGCACGUCAGAGCCAGAAAUAGUAACUGGUGGACGAUUACCAUGACGACUGCUGCAUUCAGCGUAUUCGCUUCUAGCCAUUAUGUCCCAACGACCCUAGAUAAUAAUGUCACUUAUUUAGGUGCUGAUCCUGCAGAAUUCCUUGGUACUAUUUAUCAUCUCGAAGAUCCACUUAUCUAUCAAUCAGGCACAUUAUUUAAUGCUACAGUAAGUGUAGCCACAAGUCAGAUUCAAAUAAAGAAUCCUGGAGCAACUAAGGAUGAUAUGAGUGGUAAUGAACGAUGGUCUUUACUCAUUCGUUAUCCUUAUGAACUGACCAUACGUGGAGUACUCAAGUACCAGAUAUUACCUUUCAUUCCUUCUUUAUCUCAAUUACACUCUGUUCGUGUCUGCAAGAUGGCAAGGGUUGAUCCCUCUACUGGCCAAAUAUCUGACAAUAUCCCUAUACCCGAAAAAUCGAUCUGUGAUGAUCCUUCACCUGUUGAAGGAUCCAAUGCCUAA